UCAGUUUUGAAAGAGCAGGCGAGUAUCCUUAAGUUCCCCAUGUCGCCGCUCUCAUGCCCCCUCGGAGCUCCUCUAGGAUCCGCUCUCCUGUCGGGAACUGCAGGUCUGCAGGUCAGCUCUGGCUCUCAUCACCUGCCCCUGGACCUCCAUCUUCGCAGUAAGCUAGACCCCGGGGGGGAUGGAGGAAAUAAAACGAAAAAAGGCAGAAGGAGCCGAACUGUCUUCACCGAACUACAACUCAUGGGCCUUGAGAAACGAUUUGAGAAGCAGAAGUAUCUUUCGACACCAGACAGAAUAGACCUCGCAGAGUCGUUGGGUCUUAGUCAGCUACAAGUAAAAACGUGGUAUCAGAACAGAAGAAUGAAGUGGAAGAAAAUUGUCUUGCAAGGCGGCGGACUCGAAUCGCCCACGAAACCUAAAGGACGACCCAAGAAGAAUUCAAUUCCCUCAAGUGAGCAGCUUUCAGAGCAAGAGAGGUCACGCGAUGUGGACCGUCAGUCCGAUGGUUCCUCCUCUUCCCAUUCUGACGUUAAUCAAGAGGAAUAAAACGGAUGCACUCCGUCAAUGUGAAUCGACAACAGCUUCAAGGAUUUUCGGUGGAUGGAGGUUUUGUACCUGAAAGCGACAGUUUGGCACUAGAGACUACUGUAGGCCUACCUUGAGUGGUAGCCUGUUUUACCUAUUAUUUCACUUUUGCAUCAGAAAAUCACAAGUUACGGUUCCCUGAUUUUGGCACGACGAACUUAUUUGCCCCCUCAUUUGAAGGGAAGGAACAAAACACUGGUCAGUAGAUCAACUUUUGUUGCAUUCAGUGAUGCUAUCAACUCCCACUAAAGGCAUACACUUCUUUUUUUGCUCGUUUGUUUUGCAUUUGUUCUGCAUUUCUCGCAAUGUCUUUUCAUGCAGUUACUACAUAAUAUUAAAUUUGUUUUCAAAAAUAA